AUGUUGUUACGAAUUUUCAAUCGUUUCCAAACAACAAACCAAUUAUUAUUAUUGGUUUCAAAACGAAAAAUAUCAAUAAAAAUCAAUGAUCAAUCACUGAUCAACAAUGAACAACGAAUUGAUAUUGCCAUAUUUGGUGGCGGUAUUAUUGGAACAUCGAUUGGUUAUUUUAUCAAAGAUAAUGCAUCAAUUAAUUUAGGUGUUACGGUUUUUGAAAAAGAUCCAUGUUACACACGAGCAUCGACAACAUUAUCUGUUGGUGGUAUACGACAACAAUUUUCUUUGCCAGAAAAUAUUCAAAUGUCAUUAUUUACAGCCAAAUUUCUGCAAAAUAUUCAACAAUUAAGUAUUCUAGAUCAACCAAUACCUGAUGUAGCAUAUCAACAAAAAGGUUAUCUAACACUUGCCGAUAGUCAACAGAUGAAAAUAUUGAAAGAGAAUUUUCUUGUUCAAAAAAAAUUCGGCGCAUCAUUAGAUUGGUUAAACAAUGAACAAUUAACCCAAAAAUUCCCAUGGAUAAAUUGUAAUGGCAUUGAUGCAGGUGUAUUUGGUACCAGAAAUGAAGGAUGGUUUGAUCCAUAUCGUUUAUUGAUGGCCAUUAAACAUAAAGCAAAAUUUUUAGGUGUUCAAUUUGUUCAUGCUAAUGUUGUUGGAUUUCAUCAUCAACGUGAUGAUCGAAAAAAAUGUCAAAAAGUUAUUGUACAAUAUCCGGAUGGUAAUCAAAUACAAAUUAAAUUUGAUAUCGGCGUUGUUUGUACUGGUUAUGAUUCAAAACAAUUAGCUAAAUAUCUUGGUUAUGAACAAAGACAAAUUAAUCUGCCAAUUGAACCACGUAAACGUUAUGUUUUUGUUUUUGAUUGUCGAAAUUUCGAUCAAAAUCAAUCAUCAAUUGAUUGUGAAAAUCAUUUUCCAUUUUUAAUCGAUAAAUCAGGUGUUUAUUGUCGUCGUGAAGGACGUAGUAAUUUUAUUUGUGGCCGUUCACCACCGACAUUAGUUGAAGAACCUGAAAUCGAUAAUCUUGAUGUUGAUUAUUCAUAUUUUGAUCAAUUUAUUCAUCCAAUACUGGCUGAACGUAUACCAUGUUUUGAAGCAUUGAAAAUAAAAUCAGCAUGGGCAGGAUUUUAUGAUUAUAAUCAUUUUGAUCAGAAUCCAAUCAUUGGUCGGGAUCCAUUUUAUUCGAAUAUUUAUUGGGCAGCUGGAUUCAGUGGCCAUGGUAUACAAAUGGGUCCGGCAAUCGGUAAUGCAAUGAUGGAAUUAAUAUUAAACAAUCGAUUUGAAACAAUCAAUUUGGAUCGAUUUGGUUGGCCAAGAAUUCUGGAAAAUCGUCCAUUAAAAGAACAAAAUAUUUAUUGAUGAAAAUAUGAAAAUAUUGACAAUUUUGAAAAGACAAACAUAACGAUUUGAA